UUUGUGGUAUUAUGUUCUAAAAGGUUGGUAUUACUCUUACAACUUACAUGAAAACUAAUGAUUUUUUCAUUUUAUGGUUUUUUCUUUUCAAUAUCAUUGUUUUAUGUUCUUGUUAAAUUCACUAAAUUUUAGCAUUUUUUUUUAUUUUUCUAUGAUUAUGAUUAUUUCAUCUAUAUAUACGAGUUAACAGAUUUAUAAAAACCAGUUUAAUUAAGUUCAAUUAUAUUUUAAAAUUAUUUACUACAUAAAAUGAACUUAUUUAGAGACAGAUUGUCGCCAAAUUUGAGCUUAAAAAAUCAUUUUAUCAUACAUGGGUACCACACUACCACUUAUUCACUCAAACUUGCACAUUUGAAACCUUCAAAAUAUACUUAGUUUUCUUAUUCAUUGUGUUCAAGAUCUUCUUCAUCCUCAAAUAUUGAACAAUCUUACAUUUUUUAAAACAUUUUUUGGUGAAUCAAAUCUGACUUCUGGGUAUUAUUCAAAUUAUCUUAUUAUUUGAAUUUUCUUUCACAGGAAUCAGCUAGCUGGUACAACUAAUUAAGGAACAUUUAUUAUUAUUAUUAUUAUUAUUAUUAUUAUUAUUAUUAUUAUUAUUAUUAUUAUUAUUAUUAUUAUUUGAAGUUUCAAAUAUUAGUAAAAUCUAGAAAAAUAAAAAAAGAAAAUGGAGAAUAAUGGUGAAUAUGUAAGUUGGAAGAACAAGUUGGGUACAUUAGGAGAAGUAGAAAGUAUGGAAGAAGAGUUAAAAGAAGCAAAAUCAUUACCAUUAAUAAUUCAACCACAAACACCAAAAGAGCCAAUGGAAUUUUUAUCAAGAUCAUGGAGUGUUUCAGCAGAAGAAAUCUCAAAAGCUCUUGCAAAUAAGCAUAAGCAUUUCCUUCUUGACAAGCAUCAUGCUGACAACCCCACUUUCUUUUCACAACCAUCUUUCACUUCCCCUCCUCAUCUUCAGGUGGAUAAAACUAAGAACAAUGUUUCCAAUCGUCGAAUCGGGGGAAUCGGGAAAUGGUUUCAUCAUCACAAAGACUCAAAAUCAAAGCAAAAUUCAUUCAGGAAAAAGGAUAGGGAAAGAGCAGAAAAUGCACAUAUGCAUGCUGCUCUGUCAAUUGCAGGUCUUGCAACAGCACUUGCUGCUGUUGCUGCUUCCGAAACUUGCUCCUCGGCUUCCAAAAUGGGCCGCGCAAUUGCAUCAGCCACUGAGCUCUUAGCCUCGCAUUGUAUCGAGAUUUCUGAGCAAGCGGGAGCUGAUCAUGAACGGGUUGCCUCUGUUGUUCGAUCAGCUGUAGAUAUUAAGAGCCCUGGUGAUCUAAUGACUCUAACUGCAGCUGCUGCAACUGCAUUGAGAGCAGAAUCAGCACUAAGGGCAAGAUUGCCAAAAGAUGCAAAGCGAAACGCAGCUAUUAGUCCUUAUGAUAAAGGUCUAGGAGAUGUUAAUAGCCUUGAUCCUUACCACAGUGAACCUGAAGAGCAAAAAUUCCCUUGUGUUGGUGAACUAAUGCAACACACAAGAAAAGGUGGUUUACGAUGGAAGCAAGUCACAAUCUACAUCAACAAAAAAUCACAGGUCAUACUUAAACUAAAAAGCAAACAUGUAGGAGGUGCAUUUUCGAAGAAGGAUAAAUGUCUAAUUUACGGAGUUUGUGAUCAGACAAAUUCAUGGCCGUUUAGAAAAGAAAGAGAUAAUGUAGAUGCGUAUUUUGGACUUAAAACAGCACAAGGGUUUUUAGAGUUCAAGUGCAAGAGCAAGGUUCAUAAGCAGCAAUGGGUUGAUGGGAUUCAAAAUAUGUUAGACAAAGUAGGUUAUAUUGAAGAAGUUGAACACUCGUUACAACACCUUAAUGUCAAAUGAGAAAACCUUAUCGAGAUAAAUGUGCAUAGAGAUCGAUUUUGGCUCAUUAUCAUCAUACGUACCUAAUGUAUCUCACUCAUAGAACCUAUGAUUAUGUAUAUUACUGAUAAGUUAUGGAGUAGAUGUUUUUUUUUUCAAAUCAUGUCAUUAUUAAUUCAUUAGCUUUUUUUUUCAUACUCUUAUUUCUCUUACAUGGUUAAAAAUUAAAAU